CUCUCUAUAUAUAUAUAUAGAGAGAGAGAGAGAGAAGAUCGCACAUCUCAGACACCAAGCUCUCUCAUACGAGCACCAGCGCCGUUUCCUUCUCGACUCUGUCCUCCAUACACCUAUCCAAAUGGCGCAGCUGCUUCGGAGUGGAUGUUCGGGUCGCGUUCUCUGCUCCGGCGCCGUUGGUGCAGCGCGAUCAAUGUCUACGGCGUGGUGGCGCCACGUGGAGCCUGCUGCCAAGGACCCGAUCCUCGGUGUUACCGAAGCUUUCCUCGCUGAUCCUAGUCCGAACAAAGUCAACGUCGGAGUCGGAGCAUAUCGUGAUGACAAUGGAAAGCCGGUGGUGCUGGAGUGCGUCAGAGAAGCGGAGCGGAGGAUCGCUGGAAAUUUGAACAUGGAAUAUCUUCCCAUGGGGGGAAGUGUAAACAUGGUUGAGGAGACUUUGAAGCUGGCUUAUGGAGAGAAUUCUGACUUGCUUAAAGAUAAGCGAAUCGCUGCGGUGCAGGCUCUCUCUGGGACUGGUGCAUGCAGGCUCUUUGCUGACUUCCAAAAGCGUUUUUCCCCUGAUUCACAAAUCUAUAUUCCUGUUCCCACCUGGGCCAAUCAUCACAACAUCUGGAGAGAUGCUCAUGUUCCUCAGAGGACAUUCCAUUACUAUCAUCCACAAUCUAGGGGAUUGGACUUUGCUUCAAUGAUGGAUGACAUAAAGAAUGCACCAAAUGGGUCAUUCUUUCUGCUUCAUGCUUGUGCUCAUAACCCAACUGGAGUGGAUCCUUCAGAAGAACAGUGGAGGGAGAUCUCACACCAAUUCAAGGUUAAAGGACAUUUUGCCUUCUUUGACAUGGCAUAUCAAGGUUUUGCUAGUGGUGAUCCAGAAAGGGAUGCUAAGUCCAUUCGGAUUUUUCUUGAGGAUGGCCAUCUGAUUGGGUGUGCCCAAUCCUAUGCAAAGAAUAUGGGACUUUAUGGUCAGAGAGUUGGUUGCCUGAGUGUGGUCUGUGAGGAUGAGAAACAAGCCGUAGCAGUGAAAAGUCAGUUGCAGCAGCUUGCAAGACCCAUGUACAGUAAUCCACCAGUUCACGGUGCCCUCAUUGUUUCCACAAUUCUUGGUGAUCCAGACUUGAAGAAGUUAUGGCUGAAGGAAGUGAAAGGAAUGGCUGAUCGCAUCAUAGGAAUGAGAACUGCACUACGAGAAAAUCUUGAGAAGUUGGGCUCACCUCUUUCAUGGGAGCACGUAACCAAGCAGAUUGGCAUGUUCUGCUACAGUGGGAUGACGCCUGAACAAGUGGAUCGCUUGACGAAGGAGUAUCACAUUUACAUGACUCGUAAUGGCCGUAUCAGCAUGGCUGGGGUCACUACGGGAAAUGUUGGAUACUUGGCAAAUGCUAUACACGAGGUCACCAAAUCGGGCUAGGUAACUGCUGCUUGUCUCACCAAAUCAGCUUAGAGAGGCCAUAUAUAUUGACUUCGAAGUCGUUACAUCUAUGCAGACAUAUCUGGUUUUGCUCAUUCUUUAAUCCACCUGAGAAUAAAAUGGGGCUUUUGUGGGGAACUUUCUCCCCAUUAUUCAAAUUUCAAGAGAAGAAACUUACAUCAUAUGAGGAGAGUUGUUAGAGCUUGAAUAAUGCAAAGAUACAUGAACCAAGAGAUGUUGUACAACUAAAAGUAGGGGGAAUUAUAUUCAUUUUUCAUGUUUCAUAAAUCUGUCAAUCAAGUGAAUUUUGCGAGUUGCAUUGUAUGUUUCUGGGAGACUUUAUAACCUGAUGGUGAAGUUCUAAGACUAUGCUGCAAUUUGUUCUAGAACUAUAGGAAGAAGUACAAGUUGUUCCUAUUUAAGUAGAAACGAUUUGGUUUUAUUCGACUUGACUGUUCUAGAGAUUCUGAAUUUGAAUUUGGUAAAAAAUAUUGGUAUUA